AUUGGGCCUAUUUUGAGCGCGGGGAGUUCUAAUUAUAAGGUCCAAGUUGUCAAUGAGCACCCGAAUAAAACACCUCUAAUUAUUGGCUAUUUCCCUUCUGGCUUUGAUCCACUCAAGUCUUAUGGAGGCAGCAGUUCUGGCUCAACUGAUUUCCAACUUUACCGACACAAGAACUUGACCAAAAGGCUGGAGCUCGUGGUACGCCCUGCCGGUGCUCCAGUAGAAUUUGUUGGAAAGAGUUAUUCAGGUGAGGCCGCGGCCGGACACCGAACUGUGCAUGCACUUGGAGUUUUUGACAAGGAAGCUCAGACCCUGAAGAUUGUGCCAAUUGCUGCUAACAAGAUAUUCAGGUUGGAACCAUAUGUUAAAGCCGAAGCUGCUGCUGACAAGGAGCUUGCAAACUCAACUAUAGAAGAGCCGACUCAGCAAGAGAAAGAAUGGAAAAAGAGUGAGACUACUGCUUUGUUUGGAACAAAAAGGGAAAAUAACAAGGAUAAAAAGAAGCGAGCUCUCGGAGAGGGUGAUGAUCCUGAUUCUCAAAAGAAUCUGGCUGUAAAAUUGGAAAAUGUUGUUUUAAACAAAAAAGCUCUUGAAAGUACAGAAACUCACGUCUCUCGCAAUUUACCACCAUAUGAUGCUUCUGCAACUACACCUCAGGAGGCUUAUGUAUUGGAUAAAAUCAUCCUUGAAGAAGAUUGGUGUGACCUUGAAGACAUUUAUAAUAUGUUGCAACUUGGAGAGGAAGCAGACUUCAGUGCUUACCCAACUUUUAUUUGCAACAGGAUAGCAAGGUUGAAGCAGAUUAAGGAUGAGUCAGAAAAGAAGAAGAUUUCUUGCAUAUACUCAUACAUCAAUCAUCUUAUAAAGUUUAAAGAUCAGCACACUUUGGAUGGUGUUUCCUCUGCAAAGAGCCAUAAAAUUCCCCCCAUUCUGCGUCAUAAAUUUUCAUCAAUGUUUGGUGUUUUUGAAUCAAAAAGUCUGCCUCCCGACAAGUUAAGUCUUCUCAUUUGUUAUGUCUUGGUGCUGACUCUUUUCUGUGAUGAAUUCCAAACUGACUACACAGAUAUAUCAAAGGAUCUGAGGAAGGGUGAAUCGUUGGUGAGGGAUUGUUAUAAUAAAUUGGGUUGCAAAAUUCCACCCCAGAAAAAGAUUUGCACGCUUCCUGUCCCUCUUAAGUUUCCUCCUGAUUCGAACCAAAGGAAGCGAAAAAGGUAGAUGGAUCACUUCUGGAGGUUGCCAUUUUGGUGCAGUGAUGCCAAAAAUUGCUAUCCAAGUCCAACCCCUGUAGUGGUAGGAUAUUUUAGCUAUUAUUUUCAAAUUUGCAUACAUUUGACCCAUGUUUUUGAUGUUUUGGUGAUUAAGAAAGUUAUGAAAUUAACAUCACAUAGAUUGAGAUACACAAAUUAUUUCUAUAGAAAGAAAGUGGAUUUAUUUCAUGACUAGUUGUUUA